AUGUUUCGGGGACUCUCCAAACCAUUGUUCUUAUACCAUGCUUUGAUCAUCUGCCAUAUCGGAAUUAUGAGCAUAAAGCCUGGUCUGUGCUCAUUCGGAUCUCGACUCGCAAUCGCCGAGCCAUCCUUUUCGUCAUCUCGGACCGAAUUGGGCUGUGCAGGCAGGAAUCCUCAACAGAACUUGCUGGGAGUAGCUGACGGCUGGACCACAAAGAGAGCAAGGUCUAAACCGAAGAAAGUUCAUGUCGUGCCGGACCGAUUGGACCCGCCAAGUCAAUUAGGAAGAAGGCCGGGGCGAUCCAGGCGUGUUCGUCCGGGUUUAAGUGAUUCAAGUCAAUCUGGUCGAAAAAACGAGUUGAAGACUGUUCUACCAGACGGCCUGGUGAAAAACAGGUUAUGGACGCCCAGCGAACGUCCCUGGCCAACCCGCAAACGUUCUCGCCGUCCGCAGAAAAUUCUAGAUCAAAAGCCUACCAACAAGGGAAUUGAUCCCAACGAUGCCCUUCCUGAAAUUAACGACGAGCUGAAAGAUAAUUCCCGUUGGAUGUUUUCUCCUGACCAAUCAAUCCGCUCCCUGCCGUCUCCAGGGGCUGCAGAGUCUGCUACCGGGGAGGUCUAUCAGAAUUCACCUCUUGACAUGCGUGGUGAGCCUAAGAUUAACGGCCCUUCGGAAGGUAGUCUUGUGGAUGAUGAUGUCGAAGCCGCCCCUGCGAGAAAGAGGUUCCAACAACACGCGCCUUCGAGCAAACAAAGCCAUGUGCAGCAAAUUCAUUCACAAUUGGUGUCCGCCGCACCGCCUCAAGAUCGUGAUGGAAAUCCUACUGCAAAGUUUUUUGACCUCAACAACCUUCCUGAAAUCGACGGGCAUCUCGAAAAUCACCCGGGUUGUUUUUCUCCUGAAGUUCAACUGCAAUUGAUCCGCCCCCCGCCACCUCAAAGAGAUGUCGAGUCUGCUACCGAGAAGGCGCCUUUGACUUCGCAUCCUGGUACGCCCGGGAAGCCGGGGAGUAACGGCCUUUCGGAGGGCAAUCUUCUGGAGGAUGAUGAUGGCAAAUCCCCCCUUGCAAGAAAGAUAAAGGUUGAGGGACAUGCUUCUUGGGAAAAAUCAGUCGGUAGCCAUCUUGUGGACAUCGACCUGAAUAUCCCAUUGGAUCGGGAUGGCAGACCUACGCACAACUCUCAAAGCCAUUAA